UCCAGCGCGCUGGGGACUCCUCCUGUUCCUGGGGGAUCUGCUGCCUCUUCUCGGCGAGCGCUCCCUCGUCUUACCCGGGGACCUGCAAGCAGAACACGGACACUGAGUCUAGAAUAAACACCGGUCCUCGAACACAUAAAACCGUUUCCGUUCAACGCGACCAGCAUGCAGGAGACGAUGAUCCCACCGACAGACUCUCUCAUGUUAUACAACACCCCGGUUUUGAUCAGCAAGAACACAGACAGGAAAUCACCUAAGGCACGCCCUUCAAGAGCGUGCCCUCAGCAGUCCAGCGACUCCUGCCCUGUUCAACCACCACCUAGAUUCUCCUCCACUGAGGACACCUGGAAGGAAAAUGAGGCCACUUUGGACACCAUCUUUCCACCAAGAGAAUGGAUGGUAGGGAAACAACAAUGGCUGCAGCGAGUGUCCAGCUUUCCUUGUACAAGAACAGAUGUCGUGCGCCUCGAGGAACUGCUGGACGCAAACCUGCAGAGGAGGCAGGCCAGAGACACGGGCAUCUGUCCCGUUCGCAGGGAGCUCUACACCCAGUGCUUUGAUGAGCUCAUCCGACAGGUGACCAUCAAUUGUGCCGAGAGGGGUCUGCUGCUGUUGCGGGUUCGAGAUGAGAUUAAAUUGUCGUUUGCGGCCCAUGAGACACUGUAUGAGAGCAGCAUUGGGUUCGGCAUGAGGAAAGCACUGCUGGCCGAGCAGGGCAAAGCUGACAUGGAGAAAUGCACUGCUGAUCUGCAGAAUGAGAUUCAAGACCUGAAUAGGGAACUGAACGAAGAGAAAGCUAAAUGUGACGUGAUCGAACAGAGAGAAGCUGAAAAGCGGCAGGUGGAGGAAAAGAAGUACACAGAGGAGAUUCAGUUCCUAAAGAGAACCAAUCAGCAACUCAAGAACCAGCUGGAAGGGAUCACACCAAAGAAAUAACUGCAAAAUAAAAAAACCUGAGUUACCAUUUCCCCAUUUGACUGAUGAAAACUUAACUGAGUGUAAUUCGCAAAUAUUUUAAGUACAGUUCAAACUAUCACUGUACAUUUGUCUUGAACAUCAAGAGAGCAUUACACCUGUAAAUGAUGAAUGAAAUGUCAUUCAAACACAGAGGGGUUGAACAUGACGUCAUUGACCUGAGUGACAGUCUGAAUAAGGCAUCACGUGGCCACUUCAUAAAGACCCUUCAACACUCAGUUAGCAUUCCACCUUUUAUCAACUGUACUUUUUCAAU